CGAGCUACAACUCCUUCGUCCUCCUUUCCUACCGUCUGCUGCCCAUCCAGUCCUUCCUGCCAUCGCCGACGAUCCCAGUGGCAAAUAUCCUACAUCACAGCGCGAACAAGCUCAGCAUACAGACUCAAUCUCAGACUCAAGGCGCAGGACCGUCCUCCGGGUCUCGUUGAUCAUCUCUCAGCCUACCCAGAUCGAAGUACUUGUACUCUUUUCAUCCUGUCUCGCCUCGCUCCAUACCCACCUCUGACCCAGUCGUAGCUGCCGCUGCUAGUCAGGGCAUGGCCGCUGCCAUGAUGAUGGACAACCGUAAGAGGCCACUCGAAGGCUCAGCGUCUCAGUACGCAUCGAGCAGCGACCCUUCACCUGCAGCUAAGCGGUUGCAAGUUGAGCGAAGCCCUUCCUCGAGCGGCCUCAAUGGCAUACAUGCGCCACCACCGCAAGCAGAGGAUGACGAGGAGAAUCCGGCAUACAAAGGCUUGGAGGCUUACCGCAAAGAGGCCAUAUUUCGCCAAUUGCGAGAAGCUCAGCGCGACCUGGCAAGAUCAAAUCGAAGGGCAAGAUCACUGCAGCAGGCUGUCGUCGAUGUAGAGGAGAGGACCGGUGCAUUCAAUCAUUUCUGGGAUCUCCUCGUCGAAGACAUCACAGUCCUCUUCUCAAGGGAUGACGCUGUUGAGAGUCAUCGAUCUGCUCUCUUCGACGUCAUUCCCUUCACGGCUGGCCAGCCAAGCAAGAGCGCCUUUUCCGCUUCGAUGCAAGAACGAGGCAAUGCCGUACGCGCUGUUCUCUCUCGCCUGGCAUCUGUCGCUCCUCAGUCUCAGUCGCCAGAGGUUGCCGAGCUUCAGUCCCGCUGCCAUCAACUAGCAGAUGAAGCUAGCUUGCUCAGACAAAAGUCACUCUCAGCAGAAGAGCAGCUGCGUAAGACUUCAGAAGACAUCGCGGAGCUUACCGAGAGCUUGAGACGAGCAGAGCGCAAAGUCGACCGCCUGCAAAGUCGAUCUGUUCAGCUGAGCGAACGCCCCUCGACGAAGGCGGAGGAAGAAGCAGAGAAGGCAAAGCUCGAAGCCGCAGAAGCAGAGCACAAGGCUGCUCUACAACGCAAGGAAGCAGCAGAUGUUUCAGCUAAUGGCAGCGCCGCGGUCACUGCUGCGGCCGUCAAUGGCGAGCAAUCCGGCGCAAAUCGCGAGGAGCUCGAGCAAGCGCAAGCCCUUGCGCAGACCCGGUUGGAGGAGAGUGAGUCUCUUCGCUCAGAAGUGAUUCAGCUACGCCAGCAGUGCGAAAAGCUCCAGCUCGACCUGCAUCGUAUACCAGAGGAGAGGACGAGGGAAACUUCUCUGUACCGCGAUCUGCACGGCCACUUCACCCACGCUCAGCAAGAGCUUGAGCGCUUCAAGGGCAUUCACGACGCCAUCGAGUCAGAGAAUGUCGAGCUUCGCGAAAAGCGCCUCGAGUUCCAAGCAGCGGCCCAGCGCGAAGGUACAAGCGUGGCUGAUCAGUUGAGGGAACAGCUUAAGUUGCGCGACGCCGAUCUGGUCAGGCUGCGUACUGAGCGCGAUGGUCUACUCUGGGAUGUGGCCGACCGCAAGCAAAGGGAAGGGGUGAAAUUUGCUCAGUGCGAUGAGAUGAAGAAGCUAGUCGCAGCGAAGGACACACGGAUUGAGACUUUGAGGAGCGAGGUCAGGAGGUUGCAGAUGACUUUGGCUGCGCAGGCAGGGAACGAUAAGCUCCUGGAACAGCUCAAGAAUCAGCAACAGCAGCCGGCAGAGAGUAGCGCCGUCGCUGGAGAAAGCCACAGCGGCAGCAACGGCAGGCAUGGCGAGGACGUGGAGCUCAUUGCGUCUCUCAUGGCCCGACUCAAGGCUGCAGAGGAGACUUUUGCCGACCUCAAGCGUCAGCUCGACGCGCGCUCCUCUUCGACAUCAGAGGCCGACUUGCUAGCCAAGGUCUCCAAUCUGGAAGCGCAACUCAACUCUCUCACCGUCAUCCUUGGCAAGAGCAGUGCUGAAGGCGAGGAAGCAGUCAGCGGUGAAGAGGUCGCCACCCGUCUUCGCUCGCAAGAGUCGCGCAUCUCACAACUCACGUCCGAGCUCGCCGCCGCGAAUGAAUCGACCACCGCCCUUUGCGACGAGGUUGAGAAGCUCUCCCGCGCGUACAGCGACAUGGAUGCCCAAUCUCGCAGCAAGAUCAUGGACCUCUCCCGUAUGGAAGACAAGGUCUUGCGCCUCACAAUGGAGAAGGCAAAAGCGGACAACAAGUACUUCGGUGCCGCCCGAGCAAAAGACGGGGUGGAAGGCGAGCUCCGUACUGCUAAGCGCACAGUGGAGGCUCAGGGAUCUGCCUUAGAGGGCAUGAAGCGCGCCGAGGAGGGGUUCAAGGUCCAGGCCACCAUGCAUGAGCGUGAAGUUACGCAGCUAAGGCGCAUCGUCGCGGCGUGUCAACAGAGACAGGCUGAGGUGGAACGCGAUCUUGCUGCGGCAAGGGCGAGGGAGCAUGAUGCCGUCCAGGCGAGGAGGGGAGUCGAGGAGCGUCUCAAUGCGGCAUUGGCGGAAGCGGAGCAAGAGAAGGGAAAGAGACAACGCCUCGCCGAGUCUCAAUCCAAGCUAGAACGCGACGCGGAGCGAGCAAAGAAGGCCGCCGCCACUGCAGCCGCAAAGGCGUCCUCGUCAUCGUCCGGCUCGGCAGGUGGAGCAGCAGAGGAGAUCGACUUCCUCCAGACCUUGCUGCGUUGCUCGUCUUGCAAGGAUCGAUAUAGGGACAAGAUUCUGGACAAGUGCAAGCACACAUUCUGCUCUCCGUGCUUGGAGAGUAGGGUGGCCACGAGGCAGAGGAAGUGCCCGCAUUGCGCUGCGAGCUUUGCUGUCAGUGAUGUGCAACCGCUCUACUUCCAGUGAGCUCGCACAUUCGGGUCGAUAAUGGAGAGAGAGAGGGAGGAUCAGAUGGCAAGGAUAGCAUAGGAGAGAGAGAGAGAGGAAUGUGCGCAGAGGUGGGAGCAUGCCCGACUUAGUACAUAUUUGACUGCUCGCCAUUCAAUUGCCAUCGCCACGAGCAUGUACUAUCAUGGAAGCAUUGACGCGUCUCUUUCAGGCCUGAAUGAUCUACUCUGCCGCCUUCGAA